AUGACUCUCCAAGUAUCAGCAGAUCUCCAUUCUCCAGUAUGUUUGGCAAGCCAGAGGGUGUUUUGUAGCAUCACCUUCACUAACCGUGGUGUAACCGAGGAGACACUAGCCUGGGCUGGAGCUCAGGUCCAUUGUCAGGCUGUCUUCAGAGAAGAGAUAAUCAAAAUGGACUCCUCCCUCCUGCUACCCAUCUCCCCAAACACUGGCACCACCUUCAUACCAAACAGAGGGGAGAAAGGACACACCCUCUUGUCUACCGAGUCCACCGUGCUAUUUUGUGGUCUCAUCUUAAAACCAGGAGAGUCGAAAAACGUGCUAUAUAGCGAGCAGAUACCAGGAGGGGGACCCCCUACGUGGAGCGGACGACUGGUCAAGUACAGUUACAAGCUGGCGAUUGGUGCACAGAGACCAGGGUCACAGACCCAGAUAUUCAGGAUUCCUUUCAGAGUGAUGAUCAUUCCCGAGUAUCUGUACAGUUCGUAUGUGAUGCCGUCCCCCAAGGAGAGCAAUCCGUUCCUGGUCUCAGAGAAGAAGGAGGAUCCAACUCUGGACAUUGCACUGCAAGCUUUGGCCAUUGAGACAUCCAGGAGAACAGCUAUGAACUACACUUUGAAGAACACACACGGAUUGGUUGGGAAGGUGUCUCUGUUCAAGCCCUCCUAUAAGCUGGGGGAGGAUAUCGUGGGGUUACUGGACCUGGGUGGAGCCACUAUCGCUUGUCUACAGCUGUCAGUGAGUCUACAGUGCAUAGAGGAGGUCCCCAGUGAAGUUCUCCAGACUUCUGCCCCCCAGGGUUGUGUGAGCUCCACCCACUCUCGUCACAGCGAGGCCUGUCACAACACUCUCCAGUCACAGUUUGCACUUCCCAUCCCACUCAGCGUUACACAGUCCUUCAAGAGCAGUACAGUAACUGUUCGGUGGCAACUACACUUUGAGUUUGUGCUCGGUCGCAAGCUUCCCAAUGAACUACUGCUGGAUACACCCACCAUCUCACUCGCUGGGUCCAAGGCCGUCUUGUGGAAGGGGGUGGAGCAAGUUCCCAUAGAUACAAUGACAUGGGACCUCCCGGUGACUGUUUUACCCACUCUACCUGACCAAGCAGAACCUCUAGCCGGACCACAGCUACAAACUAUGACUUUAUGAUAAUAUGCAUCCAUAAUUUCUUUCAAUGUUACUGUUGUAUGUUUUUAUAAUCAAUAAUAAGGUGAUGAAUAAUGAAA